AGAGAUCAGUGGUGUGUAACGAUCAGGAUUAGGUCUGGUUUCUUGACCAAUCUUGGACCUUGAGAGGCGGAGAUCUGCACAUGUCCCCGCAGCACACCGCGACUCCGACACAAGCGCAGACUUUACAGACGGAGACGUCGCGUGUGAUCACCGGUAGAGAAAUGAUAUCGAUGAACAGCUCGUUAUCGCUGCUGACUUUGUCUUACGGCAAGACGGUGUUCUACUUGUGCACUUUACUUUGUAGCUGCUUGACUUUUCUGGUGAUCCGGCAGCUGCUGCGGCAGCGGAGACCACGCGGCUUUCCCCCGGGACCGACCGCCCUGCCGGUGAUCGGUAACAUCCUGUCUCUCGCCACCGAGCCGCACGUGUACAUGAAGAAACAAAGCGAAAUCUACGGCCAGAUCUUUAGUCUCGACUUGGGAGGAAUAUCAACUGUCAUUCUAAACGGCUAUGAUGUCAUCAAAGAAUGUCUGUAUCACCAGAAUGAGGUGUUUGCAGAUAGGCCAUCUCUGCCUUUAUUCCAGAAAAUGACCAAAAUGGGAGGACUUCUCAACUGCAAAUAUGGUCGUGGAUGGAUUGAGCACCGCAAGCUGGCUGUUAACAGCUUCCGCUAUUUUGGCAGUGGACAGAUGAUGUUUCAGAGGAUCUCUGAAGAGUGCAUGUUCUUUGUUGAUGCCAUUGACAAGUACAAGGGAAAACCUUUUGACCCAAAACACCUGGUUACCAACGCAGUCUCCAAUGUUACCAACCUAGUAAUAUUUGGACAGCGGUUCACCUACGAUGACCUGGACUUCCAGCACAUGAUCGAAAUCUUCAGCGAGAACGUGGAGCUGGCUGCUAGUGCCUGGGCCUUCCUCUACAAUGCCUUCCCCUGGAUUGAAUACUUGCCCGUUGGGAAGCACCAGACACUUUUUCGCAAUGCUGAUGAGGUGUAUGACUUUCUGCAAAAGAUAAUCGAGCGCUUUUCACAGGGGAGAGCGCGGCAAUUGCCAAGACAUUACAUCGAUGCCUACUUGGACGAAAUGGAACAGAGCGCCAGGGACAAGAGCAUGUCCUUCUCCAAAGAGAACCUGAUCUUCUCAGUAGGAGAACUUAUUAUUGCAGGCACAGAGACUACUACUAAUACAUUGCGUUGGGCCAUGCUCUACCUGGCUCUCAACCCCAGUACACAAGAUAAGGUUCACAAGGAGAUUGACUCCAUCUUGAACGGCAAGUUACCAACCAUGGAAGACAAGCAGAAGAUGCCUUAUGUGGAAGCAGUGUUGCAUGAAAUCCUGCGCUUCUGCAACAUCGUUCCUCUUGGCAUCUUCCGGGCCACUUCUCAAGAUACUGUUGUGAGAGGAUACACCAUCCCCCAGGGAACCAUGGUCAUCACCAACCUGUAUUCCGUGCACUUUGAUGAGAAAUACUGGAGCAACCCUGCUAUCUUCUGCCCCGAAAGGUUUCUGGACAAAAAUGGGAACUUCAUCAAAGGGGAGGCCUUUCUUCCUUUUUCAGUGGGCAGACGCCAAUGUCUUGGUGAGCAGCUGGCCAGAAUGGAGAUGUUCCUUUUUUUCACCACGUUGCUCCAGAGGUUUCGCUUGCAGUUUCCCAAAGGUUACAUUCCAAGCCUCACUCCUAAACUUGGCAUGACCCUGCAGCCACAGCCUUAUACCAUAUGCGCUAUAAGGAGACAGCAAUAAAACUUCGUCUGUUUGCCAAAGGCAGAUAUUCUCUCACCUCAGGGGAUCAUAUUGAGAAACUCAACCAACCAGCUCAGCUUUCUUGCUCUGGAUUCUGUCAUGUCUGGCAGAAAGCACUGACCUCUGUACUGACUGUGCAGAAUUCUUUGAACCUGUCCUCUAUAUGGCUUCACGAAGCUCAUGCAGAGAGUGAGCAGUGGAUGAGGCCUGGAAAUGUAUAUGCACAGCUGGAUUCAUUUGUGCAGUGUAAUAAGAGCUUCAGAACUCUGUUGAAAAUGUGAGUUGUGUAUUUUGUAACUUGAACUGACCAAAAAAAAAAAACGUCACUCUAGUUGUAAAUGUAAGAGAAGUCAUGUUAUGUCAAUAAUUUACAGAGGGAACUUUUCAAACAGUUUUGCAGACCUUUUUUUUUUUUUUUUUUUUUUUUUUUUUUAACAUUCCUAGAAAUUGAGAACACACACUUCUCUGGUUUGUGUAGCAGACUGAAAAGGAGAGCAGCUGCCUUUCUCAGAAAGCUUUGCAAAUGCCACUCGCACAACUUUGGCUCAUGUCCAUGUAGCAGUGCUGAACUAACUGUCUCUGUUUUAUCUCAGGGGAAAUAGCCUGGCAGGCCACGGUGGUGAGGGUGGGGGUUCGUUGAAAUUGAUAUUGUGAUAUAUACUUUGUAGGAAGUCAGAACUUUGUACCAAACCAUGUGCAUUUAUUAUAUUUCAUACUGUAAAGUAAAGUUCUGAAAGAACUUCAGCUUAAAUAUGAAUAAACAAAAGAUAAAUCUUUUUGACCAACGUGCUUCAAUUUUUAUUUGUGGUUUCAUAGCACUCUUUAUGGCCAAGUUACACAUAACCCUGAACAAAAGGUGGCAGGAUUUUAUCCAGCUUCAGUCCUGCUGGGAGCUUCAAUUUACAGCACGUCAGAGGAAUUUAUUGGAAAUUUUAUUUCCAAAUCUUGGUACUUCUUCAUAUUUAAAUAAAUAAAUAAAUUGUGCAUAGAGACAACUUAUCCCAUUUAUGCAACUUAUAAACGGGUAACGCUGGUGAAUUACCAGCACGCUCUUAGUUUUUAUUUACAUUUCAGUGUGUACCAAGUGUUGCAUUGGGUCCAGCCUGUAACUGCA